CCACUCUCACUCACACAAACACACUCUCAAGUCUCACACACAAACAUUUAUAGCUAUAGCUAUAGUUAUAGUUAUAUAUAUAGUAAUAGUAAUAGAUAUAUUAUAUAUUAGAAGUUCUUUACUUGUUUUGUAAUGGAUGAAAAGUGGAAGCUAUCAAAGAAGGAAAAAAGUUCAACCUCAUCAACAAAAUCAUCAAUAUUCUCAAGAAGUUGUUCAACAAGAGGCUCAAGUUCAAAGUCACCACUACUUUCAAAGAGCUUAUCACAAAAGUGUUCUUCUACAUCCAAUAGCAACAACAAUGAUAAUCUUACUAGAAGCUAUUCACAGAAGAGUCCAUCCAUAGGUAAGAAAUGUACCAAUAUAGCUAAAGAACAGAAAGCAAGAUUUUACAUCAUGAGGAGAUGUGUAGCUAUGUUAGUUUGUUGGCACAAACAUGGAGAUAAAUAGUUGGGAUUUUGAAGGGGGUGCAGAUAGAAGAACAAGCUUGUUACUUACUCAGAUCCCCUUUUUAGUGAACAAUUUUUUGAGGAAUCUUAUUUUUGUUUUUUUAUUUGUCUUUUGAAAUUGUAAUUAUGAAUUAUCUAUAAGAUUUGCACAUUUGCAAACAUUUUCUUCAUUCUUGUUCUAGUAUUAGUAAAUUUUAAUGCAUAUUUGAAUUAGGAGUUUAGCAUAAUCACAUUUAGAGAGUAUAAUGGUGAUUUUGGUUUUAAUUAAGAUGUUUUAUAGUUU